AUGGCCAAUCCCCCGCCCAUCGUCCUCGACGGCGGUACCGGCUUCCUCAAGGUCGGCUACGCCGCGCAAAACUUUCCCGAGCACCAGUUUCCCUCCAUCGUCGGCCGGCCGAUUCUGCGUUCAGAGGAAAAGACGGACAAUGACAUUGUGAUCAAGGACAUCAUGUGCGGUGACGAGGCCGCCGCGGCCCGUACCAUGCUGCAAAUAAGCUACCCCAUGGAGAAUGGCAUCGUCAAGAAGUGGGAUGACAUGCAGCACCUGUGGGAUUAUACUUUCUACGAAAAGCUUCAGGUCGACCCCAGAGGCCAGAAGAUCCUUCUCACAGAGCCUCCGAUGAACCCGCUCAAGAACCGCGAGCAAAUGUGCGAGGUCAUGUUUGACAGAUAUGGAUUCGGCGGCGUUUACGUCGCUAUUCAGGCAGUUCUGGCCCUCUACGCUCAGGGUCUGAGUUCUGGUGUCGUUGUCGACUCCGGCGAUGGUGUCACCCACAUUGUCCCCGUCUACGAAUCCGUUGUCCUUAACCACCUCACAAAACGACUCGAUGUUGCUGGACGAGACGUCACCCGCAACCUCAUCAAGCUACUGCUCCGUCGUGGCUACGCCCUGAACCGAACCGCCGAUUUCGAGACUGUGCGCCAGAUCAAGGAGAAGCUUUGCUAUGUAUCAUACGACCUCGAGCUAGACAAGGCUCUCAGUGAAGAUACGACGGUUUUGGUGGAAAAUUAUACACUCCCUGACGGCCGCGUCAUCCGCGUAGGAAGUGAGCGAUUCGAGGCCCCCGAAUGCUUAUUCCAGCCUCACUUGGUUGACAACGAGUCGCCUGGCCUGGGUGAAUUCCUGUUCAAUACCAUCCAGGCUGCCGAUGUGGAUAUCCGCGCAUCUCUUUUCAAGGCCAUCGUUUUAUCCGGAGGUAGCAGCAUGUACCCAGGACUGCCAUCACGUCUGGAGAAGGAACUGAAGCAGCUGUGGCUCACGCGCGCACUGCAGGGCAACCCGGAGCGCCUGAGCAAGUUCAAGGUGCGCAUAGAAGACCCUCCCAGGAGAAGACACAUGGUCUUCCUGGGUGGUGCAGUUCUGGCCAACAUCAUGGCCGAUAAGGAGAGCAUGUGGGUAACAAAGGCGGAGUGGGAUGAACAAGGCCCUCGCGUGUUGGAGAAGCUUGGCCCACGAUAG